UCGCUCUGACCCGGGACCCCCCUGAGCGGGAGCCCGUGACUCGGAUCUCUCUGACCCGGGACCUCGGGACCCCCCUGAUCGGGACCCCCUGACCCGGAGCCCCCCUGGGCUGAGGGUUCCCGGUUCGGGGGCUCCCUCUGGCCCUGAGCUCCUCAGAAUUUGAGUCCAACUUUGCAGUUGGGCAGUUAUGAUCCAGCCGUUGCGUUGUCAGCGUUGUACAAGGCUGAACCCUCUGUUUUGAGGCAGACUGAUCACACACGGGUGUUGAGCUGUCGCUGGGCAGUGCUGCCCCUGUCCAGGGCUUCUCAGCCUCCCCUGCCCUGACAGCGAGGCGGGCACGGCCGGGACAGCUGAUCCCGGCUGCGUCAGCUUUUAUUUAUGUCUCCCCUUUGCCUUACCCCAGUUCACACGCUGACAGUGAUGCCAUGGGGUGUGGGGGACAGUUUUCCAGGGGGUUACAGCCGUCUGGGGGUGUUGCUGCUCGGGACCAGGCAUCGGGCGGUUGGUGCUGAGCAACUGCCUCUGCAGUGGUUUAUGCCCGUGCCCGUUCUCAUGGCGGCGAGAAAACACCAAAACAGCGCACGCUGGGAACCCCCUGAGCCGGGAGGGGACCGUGCACGAACUCCAGUGCCGCUGCGAGCGGGGCCCCCAGCACGGACUGGCACCGGGCCCGGCGGGAGAGCGGGCACCGGGGGAACCCUCGGCUCUGCCGGGUCCCUUCUGCUCCGGGGCCGCCGCUGCUCCCGCGGGGGGACGGACGGACCCGCCCGGGACCCACCCCCGGCCCCGGAGCGGACCCGCCCUCUCCGCGAUGGCGGCCGGCGGCGGGGCCGUCGGGGCGGCUGGGGCUGAGACCGACCCGGCGGACACCGACCCGGCGGGGGAGAUGGAUCCGCCGAAGAUGGACCCGGCGGGGGAGAUGGACCCGGCGGGGGAGAUGGACCCGGCGGUGGCGGCCGAGGCGCUGCGGCUGCUGCAGAUCGAGCCCUCGGCCGCGGGGCCGCGCUCGGGGGGCGCGGAGGGGCCGCUCUCGAGGAACGCGCUGCGGAAGCGCCGGCGCUGGGAGCGGGUCGUCGCCGCCCGGCGCGGGAAGCGGCGGCAGGAGCGGCAGCGCCGGCGGGCCCGGCGGGCCCCGGGGCGCGGGGACGGCGCGGGGGCGGCGCUCGGCAGCGGCCCCGCCGGGCCCGCGCAGCCCCCGCUCCCCCGCGGGAGGGUCCCGGCCGCCCUGGCCCGGGAGCGGCUGCUGCAAGCGCGGGCGGCGGGGCCGCGGCUCUGCGUGGACCUCGGUGUGGCCGGCGGCAUGACCGAGAAGGAGAGCGGCCGCCUGGCCUCGCAGAUCCGCCGGCUGUACGGGGCGAACCGCCGCGCCGCCCGCCCCUUCUGGCUGUGCCUGACCGAGUUCGCGGCAGGGACGCCGAUCUACGAGCAGUGCCUCCGCAUGAACGACGGCUUCACACGGUACCUGAUGGAUACAACUCCAGAGAGUUACCUGGACCUAUUUCCUUUGGAUGCCAUUGUUUAUCUCACUCCUGACUCUGAAAAUGUCCUUGAAGACAUCGAUCCAGAUAAGGUGUACGUGCUGGGAGGGCUGGUGGACGAGAGCAUUCACAAGCAGCUGACCCUGCAGAGGGCACGGGAGCAGUGCCUGCAGACAGCCCGACUCCCCAUCCGUGAGUACAUGGUGAAAGCCCCCAACUCCAGGAACUACCACUCAGAGACACUGGCCAUCAACCAGGUCUUUGACAUCCUGUGCACCUACUACGAGAUGCGGAGCUGGCCAGUGGCCCUGAAGGCUGGAGUCUCUUCUGGAAAAGGCUUCGUGCUACGGGAGGGAGUGGAACAGGUGGAAACAGCCCAGCACAGCACCGCCCAAGGAAAAAAGGAAAUUUUAUUUUGUGGUGAAGAGCUGCACAGGCAGGAGGCACCAGCGUGACUGGGCACAGGGAGCACAGUCGCUUGUCAGAGCAAGGGACCUUUUCAGAGCAACACCUUCUACCUCAGCAGUGCCAGACAACCCCCAUCCCCCUGGGCAAGGAACAAGAGCUGGUGGAGCCUGGGAUCAGUGAAAACUGACGUGAAUUCAGUUUUGCUUCCUUGCAGCUGUUUGUUUUUGACUCCUGCACCUACACUUGUUCUGGGACAGGGAGGAGAGCUUUGAUGUGUUUCCUUCAUUUUAGUUAAACAGUGAGUAAGGUGAAGUUAGGAUUGCAAAGCUUAUGAGAGAGGAAAAUCCCUUCCCAUGGGACAGGACAGUGCUGCUCCCACAGGAGAAUGCAGGAUGGGAGGCAAGGGCACCAUGUCCCAACAACUUAAACCCACUUGAAGACUUGGUGAGUUGUUGAAGCCUGUAGCUAGUUCUAUGCAUCUAAUCUAAAAUAAAACGUUUAGAUCCCCA